AGAUAACUGUGUUGUCCUUGAUACUCACAAAGUAGUUCCACAAUGAAAGCGAACUUCAUCUUUAUAGCAAUUGCUCUCACCGUAUUCUCCGGUUAUAAUGCGCAACAUGCUUCCAAACUAGAUAACCCUUCUCUACUUUCCCGUGCUGAGUACCCUGGUGUCGACGUAUCUCGCUUUCCUAGUUAUGAUCCUAACAGGUGUGCCACCACCACGAGCUCCAAUUUACCGAGCACAAUCAGUGGCUCUGGUGUAGUAUAUGAACUGAGAGAUGGCACAUACAACAAUGUUGAUAUUACAGUGACUAAUGGUGCUGUAUUAAGAGCACAAAACUAUCGAGGAGUGAGAUUCAGCGGUGCCGUACGUGUGAAGGUAGAGAACAAUGGGGUUCUUGAUGGCAUCAUCUUCGAGAAUGCGGCACCUAUUGCUAUUGGGCUUGUUGAACCCAACCAGGGCAGAGUCACACGCUGCGAGUUCAAUGGUUUGCAUAGUCCUUCUGGUACAUCUGACCGCAAGAGAGCUAUCUAUGGGCGUGGAGGCUAUCAGAUCAUAGAUCAUAAUUCCUUCUUCGAUCUAUGCCUUUCAUCAUUGACCGUGGUAGUUGAUGAAGACGGACCAAGUAUCACGUACAGGAACAGAUUCGUCAAGCAGUGCAGAGACUUUGGAACCGAAGUGUGGCGCGUGGGAGGCAGCAGCGUUUCACGCAAACAGUCAUUUGCAUUCGUAGACGAAAACUACUUUGAGGAUCAGAAUGGCGAGCACGAACUAAUGAGUAUCAAGGCGUCUAAUGUAGUUGUGCGUCGGAACACGCUCACUAAUUGCGUAGGCUCCAUUACUAAUCGAUAUGGAAGCUCCAUCACGAUCCAAGGUAAUCACAUUACAUGCGCCAUUAAGACUGAGGGCGGAAUCCGAUCCUUCGGUCGUGACCAGGAUAUCAUCAACAACCUUGUGUCCAACUGUGAGGACUCAGGACAAUAUGGUAUUGCAUUAGGACUAGGUGACAACUGUUUCGGUUCACAGGGAGGGUGUGAUUAUGAAGUGGGUUCAAAUGUGGAACUCAACGGAAACUUCCUACUAUCCGGAAGUUCAUUGGUGGUAGGAGAUAACGGCGGUGGCAAUGUUUGCCCGACCUAUGCCUCUGUAUUCAACAAUGUGUUCACUGGGGAAAAUAGACGGGGACGAAGCGACAGAGGUGAGCUCUGUGUCCUACCUACCAACAGAAACUCCAACUCAUUUACGUUUAUACGGCCCACCGCCCUAAACCCCGAUGAAACGGGACCUUUUCAACGCACAUCAUCUCAGUGUGGGCCUUGUACAGGUCAGUGCCGCAACGGUCAGUGUGCUGUAAGUGGUUCAGGGUUCAGAUGUACCACUUGUGAUCUCGGCUAUCGUUUGGCUAACAAUGGACUUUCAUGUGAAUUAGCGAAUGUAUGCGACGGCCAGUGUGCCAACGGUGUAUGCGUGGCCGGUGCAAGUACCCACAUGUGUGUCAGGUGCGGUCCAGGCUUUGAGGUGUCUCCCGACGGACUGUCGUGUGACGAAGUUAUCCCUAGAGAUGAUGGGAACGAUUCGGACUUCGGUACGGAUCCCUCCGACAACUACUAUAUCUGCGGCAGCCCAGAUGUGCAAACAAUCAGAUGCUUCCAGUCAGAUACGAUGGGCUACCUACCAAACACUCCCUGCUGUGUAGAACAGGACAGCUGUGGCACAUACGCGUCUAUUCAGUGCCAGUCAGUCAGCUGCUGUGAGCGUGCGGAAAAUAUGGAAGUUGGACCUACUCCUUCUCCUGAGGUGCCUGAUGUAACUGAGGUACCUGAUAUGCCUGAGGUACCUGAUAGGCCUGAGGUACCUGAUAUGCCUGAGGUACCUGAUAGGCCUGUACCUGAGGUACCUGAUAUGCCUGAGGUACCUGAUAGGCCUGUACCUGAGGUACCUGAUAGGCCUGUGGUACCUGAUGUGCCUGAGGGGCCUGAUAUGCCUGAGGUACCUGAUAGGCCUGAUGUACCUGAUGUGCCUGGGGUGCCUGAUAUGCCUAUAAGAAUGCCUGAUGUACCGGCUGUUGGGUCACCGAGCGAUGUGGAUACCAGCGGGAACUACUUUACUUGCGGAAAAGAGCUCCCAUACAGCAAAUGCAACGGUCGCACAUACACAUGGGGUAGGCCGUGCUGCCGGAAUUCGGGCAGAUGCGGCUCAUACUCAAAAAUCAAGUGCACGAGCACAAAGUGCUGUCCCAAUUAG